AUGACGUUGGAUAAGAAGACGACGAUGAGGGAGAACAUGCCCAAUGGAGAUGAAGCAAAUGGUUCAAUGGAUAAUGCAAUGAGAAAUGCGGCAAAGCAGCGAACAGAGAUCCCUUCAGAAAUGCCACAAAUGAAAGGUACCCGGGAAGAAGAGGACAACGAGAACAAUGAGAUAACGGCAAAGCUGUUCGGUACACCACCAAGCUCACCGAGGCGCUUCUUCACACCCUCUGGAUCUUACGCACGACAAAAACUCGCUGAGCAUCGAAGUCGUCGCGCAGAAGCCCGGAGAGAAAUAGUAAAGAAGGAUCGCAAGCGUGUGGAGGCAGGCAUGAUAGAGCAAGCAAUAGCUGAGAGCCUCAAGACCACCACUAUAACUCAAGCCUGCACAACCGUACAAAACACGGAUCAGCCAAAGCCACUUUCAUCACUAAAAGACCCUCUACCGCAUGAUGAGAAAGAUAACUCCUCAUCAUCUUUCCCUCAGGAGGUCGCCAGUCCUGCUGGAUCGGAGGAUUCAGAUGAAGGCGCCUGGUUAGACGAGCUGCCCCAUGAGGAGCUGAUUAACGAUUGUAUGACCUCUGUCAUCUAGAAAGGCUUCCCGUGGAGCGACUCUCAUGGUGGGACGGCACCGAGUGAAUGGAUCAUGCGAUGUUCUUUGAGUGGGAUGGUUUGCAAAUACAUAUUCAAGGACAUAGCCGUGGAGCAUCUUUUAGGUAAAUAUCUAUGAGGAAUUGAGUAGCUGUCGCGAUCAUUCGAGGUCACUCAUCUAAGCAAGAAUGGCC